AUGACUAUGCAAGCCAUUGACCAGAAUGGAAAGCAGCAUGAAAUCACUGCCAUUACAGAGACUCAAGCAAGAAGCACCAUGAAAUGGGCCAUUGAACGCAUCUUGGUGAGUAUACAAGCAAACUGCCUGGAGAAGGAGACCAGGCUCCCUUAUCAAGCAAAAUACACCAUUCACCAGAAAUCCUACAUUGCCAUUAAGAAGGAAAUUCACCAGAACCAUCCAGAAUGGAACGUGCUCCUCAAAGAUAAAAAGAGCCAUAAGAGCAUCUAUCUUCUGCAGUAUGGAACAAGUUAUGACAGAAGUGCUAAGUUUUUGGAUCCAGCUCUGAGGCUUAAAAAGUGGAAGAGGAUUCUCUCCUUCUCCUCAAACAACGCUUCAAAUGUGGAUAUUCCCCAGGCUUCCAUCUUUAAUCAUCUAGUCCAGAGCUUCCCAGACAGUGUGUCAGGAAUCAGCACUGUAGGAGUUCCCAGGAUAUUGAUCUCAUCCAUUGAGAUCCCAGGAGACUACAGCAAACGAGUGUAUCAAGGCAUGAGAGUGAAGCACACAGUCAAAGAUCUACUGGCAGAAAAACGAUCCAAGCAAACAAGUAACUCAAGAUUUAAUGGCAGUGUCAGCUCUGUGCAGUCUCCGUUUGGCCCGAUGCCAGGCUCACCAGUGAUGUCAGGUUACUAUGGUGUCAGGAGAUCUCUCCCAACCGACUCGGACUUCCACAACAGUAAACAGUUCGCAAACGAUGCCUGCACCCGAACUGUGGCGACGACUUUGCCUGAGUCCUCGGCAGGGCAGGGCCACCCGGCCCACCUGGACUCCUACUUCCCGGAGCUCUACGGGGACCACCGCCCCAUGGCCCUGACCCCCAACAGCGGCUCCCUAGUCAGCGCCUCACCCCUGCCCCAGCUCCUGCCGCCUCCCUUCCCCAGCGAGCCCUCACGCUUCGUGCUGAGGGACUCGUGGGAGCAGACGGUGCCCGAAGGCCUCAGCCAACCAGACCCGGCGCCCAGCACAGUCUGCCUCUCCCAGCUAGAGUCGGGGAGCACUGCCCAGCACAGGAGCUCCAGUUGGGCAGCCCCCCUAGCGGGUGUUCCGUCCUACUCUCUGCACACACUGGAGGAUCUGUACCACGUGCAGGGGUACCCAACCCCAUCCCCCUAGCCCUUCACCUCUUUCAUGACAAUGUCCAAUGACCCACCACCCAAGGUGGGGCCCUUCUCCCGGGACGAGGGGGCAGACACCUCUGUCCUCCAGGACCCUUCUCCGUGGACCAAAGAAGAUGGGAGGCUGGUAUGGGGGGCAUAUGAGUGCCGCCAAGCUUACUGA